UUUUCCCGACCCGAUACAGUGUAACCAUGGCGUUUCAUGGGGAAACUAGCCUUCUAGAUUCGCCUGUCGCCAUGACCUAUCUAGCGGCUCAGAGCAGCUGCCUGAUAUGCUAUCGAGGCGGUCGUGAUAGCCAGGUUGAAAAAGGUGGAAGCGAUUUACUUUUUUGGUUUCCGGUUCAGCUCGGUUGGUCACAGUUGCAUCGAGGUUUUGUGCGAUAUAUUAGUCUGCCGUGCGAUAACCUAUUCAGAUUCGCAAAUCAUGACACGUCCUAGCAUCAGCCUGUCGGUGCGGUGAGCCGUUACUCGCAUCUCACGGGUAUCCCGCCACCUCACGGCGAUUAGGGUUUCGUUAACUGCAGGCCACCGAUCUGCAAGAGAAUGACGAUCUCUACUAGUAGCACCUUGACGGUCUUCAGUACCUUAACGAUCUGCGGUUUUUUUGCCGUAAUCACCGGCCUGUCGUCGAGCAUUGCCGUGACGGCAUGGUCAGUCACUGGCCAGCACCCAGCAUCAAUGGGGCAUCGCGCUUCAACGACGGGCCGACAUCACAGCAGCCUACACCACCACCGAUUUCAUCAGGAUCCCACUCAAUACAAUCACAACCGGUACAGUCACGACAAUGGUUACAAUCACGACCACGAAGUGCAGCGUCAAGUCUCCUCCCUGCAGCGGCAGCAGCAAGAGGAGGAGAGUCAACCUCCGCCCUUCUUUGCCGCUGUGGCUGCCGCUGCUGCUUCAGGGAAGCCUGCUCUCCUGAAUUUGUCUCUCAAACCGCCUGCUGCUGCUGAGUCAACGCGGUCAGCUGCUGCUGAGUCAACGGGGCCAACAGAGUCAAACGCGAUGACUUCUGCACGGGCAGAGGCAGCAGCCGUGGCAGACCCUGCUGCUACAGUUGCUGAUACAACUGGCGCUACAGCUGGCGCUACUGCAGCUGGAGUUGCUGCUACAGCACCUAUUGACACGACUUUCGCUACAACUGGUGCCACAGCUGCUACAGCCGCUACAACUGGAGAUGCAGGGGAUGCUGGGAUCAGGAGAGCAGUGAUCAUCGGCCCUGUGUCUUUAAAAUCUGCCGCUACAGCCGUUACAGCCACAGGAAUCCACGCCUCCAAGAAACGCAGCAAAGCAAAGAAACGCCCCAAGGGCCCCUGCACGUCUCUGAAGAAAGUAUUCAUAAUCAACGUCACCUCGGCUGCUGAUUUCAAAGCCCGGACCGCCCUCCCCCCGACCACCACCGUCAUUCUGAAUCUUCAAACCGACCUCGCUCUCCCCACAGGGGUCGUUUUCCAGGGCCAGUUUUCCUGCACGAUCCUGAUGUCCGCGAAAUGGCCCGGUUACACGAUCACGGGUGGUAACCCUAUGUACCCUGCGUUACGCGUGUGGAACACAAACAACUUCGUAUCGAUGAACGUGAACUACCAUGUCCCAGUGUCAGAGAGCAGCCCAGCGUGCGCCAGCGUGCCUGAGCUCGGGAAAAACGACUCCUGCCCUGCGAUCUCUGUCUACAAGUCCUAUGGGGUGCAGAUUGGGAAGGGAGCCAUCUUUGGCCGAAUUGAUGUGUUAAGAAGCAUGGAUGUGCGCCUAGAUUCGCUCAAGGUCACCGGAGUGUCCACGCCCCUCUAUUCGCCCGGGGUGAUCCGCGUGGCGCUCUCUGGCUACGGCCCCGCUCUCCUGCGAUCAGGGAUUGUUAUCUCCAACAACGAGGUCUACGGCGUGAACACCCCCAUUGUGCUGCACAGGGGCGCCAUAGGCGUAACCGUUGCCAACAACUACAUCCAUGACUUCAUCUUUGCGGGCGUUCGCUGCGGCGUCGACGUGCACUACAGCGGCGACUGCAUGCUCACUCGGGUCAACUCCAACCUGAUAGUCGCCACGGGGCGCAAUAUGAACGGCGAUCACGACGCGGCGGGGAUCUAUUUCUGCUCACACUGGUUUAGCCCCGGGAACUCCGCGCUCUGCAAUUAUAUAUAUAACGGGGAUCACUGCUAUUAUAUCGAUUACUGCGCGUCCGGCGUGCUUGUGAGGGGCGGCGCGUGCGUCAACACGUACGACGGCAUGAAAGUUAACAACGGAAAAUGGAAUAUAAUCAAGGAUGUGGCGAUGAAGGGCACUGUGGGGUCGCUGGGCUGGACGUCCUGCUUUACAGUCACGGUCAACAACUGCCUGAAAGACCCGGGAAACUACUGGGAAGCCAUGAGAGUGAAAUACUACAACUCAGAUAGGAUUAACAAGCUGUGGCCAUGGAUGCAGAACGUGUGCAAGGAGACGUCGGCCAAUGGUGGCGUGCCAUGCAACCCGCCCAAUGGUCCAGGUGCUGACAUCACCGGGGCGUGCAGCGGCCUGGGAACCGACAACAUUAUCGACGUCAUCGCUGUUAACACCACCGAAUACGGCCUCGAUAACAAGCAUUGUGAGAAUUUCCCCAUUACGGCGGAGUUGAAUCAUCAAACCAACCUCACCUUGAGGGACCCUCUCUCAGCCGGUUUCCUGAAUUACCAGGGAAAUGAUCUGGGGCUGAAUAAUGACUCACUGAUUUAUAAAUACCGGCCGGAUUAUUUGAGCUGCCCGCUGGGGCUCGUUGGGCCAAGAAGGUUCUCAGCAAAAUAUUUCUUCGACCGUUAUAACACCCCGAUGCCGGGCGGUUUUCGCAAGGUGGUUAUGAUGGACAUGAAGCAUAUCUUUGAUAGAGACUUGAUCACCGCGUUGGCAAAGGUUGGAGGCGUUGGCAAACGAAUUAGUUUGAUUCCCCUACUUUUCUUAGCCUUUUUGUUGUCAGUACUCAUAUUAUAGAAUUCUGGUCAUUUUCUCACAUGUGAAGCGCAUUGCUUAUUCGUUGACUAAGGCAUCAUG